CCAGUGUCGCGAGUUGGCGCCGCUGCCACCCCCCGGUCCGCGCUCUCGGCCACUCGGCCGGGCGGUACCGAGCCCUCCCGGUACUCCCCUCCUCUCUUCCCUCCGGCCCUCCGGCCUGCCUUUCCCCGCGGCACUGCCACCCCCCCCCCACCUUCGCCCCAGCCCUCUUCUCUCCCCGCCGAGCCGCGGCGGCAGCAGCAGCAGAAGCAGCCAGAGGAGGAGCCGGAGGCGGCGGUGGCCGGGGAGCCCAUGGCGUACAGUCAGGGAGGCGGCAAGAAGAAAGUCUGCUACUACUACGAUGGUGAUAUUGGAAAUUAUUAUUAUGGACAGGGUCAUCCCAUGAAACCUCAUAGGAUCCGCAUGACCCAUAACUUGCUGCUAAAUUAUGGCUUGUAUAGAAAAAUGGAAAUAUAUAGGCCCCAUAAAGCCACUGCUGAAGAAAUGACAAAAUACCACAGCGAUGAGUACAUCAAAUUUCUACGUUCAAUAAGACCAGAUAACAUGUCCGAGUAUAGUAAGCAGAUGCAGAGAUUUAAUGUCGGAGAGGACUGUCCAGUGUUUGAUGGGCUCUUUGAGUUUUGUCAGCUUUCAACUGGUGGUUCAGUUGCUGGGGCUGUGAAGUUAAACCGACAACAAACUGAUAUGGCUGUUAACUGGGCUGGAGGAUUACAUCAUGCUAAGAAAUCAGAAGCAUCAGGAUUCUGUUAUGUUAAUGAUAUUGUGCUUGCCAUCCUUGAAUUACUAAAGUAUCAUCAGAGAGUCUUAUAUAUUGAUAUUGAUAUCCAUCAUGGUGAUGGUGUUGAAGAAGCUUUUUAUACAACAGAUCGUGUAAUGACUGUAUCAUUCCAUAAAUAUGGGGAAUACUUUCCUGGAACAGGAGACUUGAGGGAUAUUGGUGCAGGAAAAGGCAAAUACUAUGCUGUCAAUUUUCCAAUGAGAGAUGGUAUAGAUGAUGAAUCAUAUGGGCAGAUAUUUAAGCCUAUUAUUUCAAAAGUGAUGGAGAUGUAUCAACCUAGUGCUGUGGUGCUACAGUGUGGUGCAGACUCACUAUCCGGUGAUAGACUUGGUUGCUUCAAUUUGACAGUCAAAGGUCAUGCUAAAUGUGUAGAAGUCGUAAAAACUUUCAAUUUACCAUUACUGAUGCUUGGGGGAGGUGGAUACACAAUCCGCAAUGUUGCUCGAUGUUGGACAUACGAGACUGCUGUUGCCCUUGAUUGUGAGAUUCCCAAUGAAUUGCCAUAUAAUGAUUACUUUGAGUAUUUUGGACCAGACUUCAAACUGCAUAUUAGUCCUUCAAACAUGACAAACCAGAACACUCCAGAAUAUAUGGAAAAGAUAAAACAGCGUUUAUUUGAAAAUUUACGCAUGUUGCCACAUGCACCUGGAGUCCAAAUGCAAGCUAUUCCAGAAGAUGCAGUUCAUGAAGACAGUGGAGAUGAAGAUGGAGAAGAUCCAGACAAGAGAAUUUCUAUUCGAGCAUCAGACAAACGGAUAGCUUGUGAUGAAGAAUUCUCAGAUUCUGAGGACGAAGGAGAGGGAGGUCGUAGAAAUGUGGCUGAUCAUAAGAAAGGAGCAAAGAAAGCUAGAAUUGAAGAAGACAAGAAGGAAACGGAGGACAAAAAAACAGAUGUUAAAGAAGAAGAUAAGUCCAAGGACAAUAGUGGUGAAAAAACAGAUACCAAAGGAGCCAAAUCAGAACAGCUCAGCAACCCUUGAAUUUGAGAGUCUCAUCACUUUCAGUGAGGAAAUAUUGGGAAGAAAAAUGUUUUCUUUUUGAAGACUUCUGGCUUCAUUUUAUACUACUUUGGCAUGGACUGUAUUUAUUUUCAAAAUGGCUUUUUUCGGUUUUGUUUUUCUUGGCAAGUUUUAUUGUGAGUUUUCUAAUUAUGAAGCAAAAUUUCUUUUCUCCACCAUGCUUUAUGUGAUAGUAUUUAAAACUGAUGUGUUAUUAUGUCAAAAAACUGCUCUAUUAAAGAAGUAAUUGGCCGUUCUGAGCUGAUUUUUCCAUCUUUUGUAAUUAUCUUUAUUAAAAAAUUGUACUUGGA